CCUGCAAUAGCAGAUCAAGUUAGGUGAUAGUGUAGAAUUUUUUAUGCACUGACGAUGGACAGAAGUGUAGAAGUUAAACACGCUGCUUAAGCCCUCCCUUAUAAAUGGUUGUCUGCUAGCUUUGUGGACUGCGAGUACAAUUAGCCUGCCCGGAUUAGGGGAUGCUGUUUUUCUAAUUUCUUAUGUUUUUCUUCUAAUUAUAGAGUGAAGUUGUAUAUUUUCUCCAAACAAAAUGGAAGAAUCAUCUCUUCACUCUUUGAAGAUAAUGCACGGACGCAAAUUUUUCAACCGUGCAUUUGCAGUUAUAUAUGCAUUUGCUAUUAUAGUCUUGUUCUACUACCAUGUGCUCACAUUAACCAGAGCUCCCCUAUCAAUUGUCAUGUUUAUAUCUGAUUUUAUUCUAGCAUUAUUGUGGUUCACAUCACAAUCAUUCUUCAUGAAUCCAAUUUCUCGUCAACAGUUCCCCAAAAAUCUCGAGAUAUUGGUUGACAAGAAGGAUUUUCCAGCAAUUGACAUAUUUAUAUGCACAGCGGAUCCAUACAAGGAGCCACCAUUAACUACAGUUAACACAACUUUAUCUGUUUUGGCUUAUGAUUAUCCCAUGGAGAAACUUUCUGUUUAUAUAUCAGAUGAUGGAGGAUCAAAGCUCAUUCUAUUUGCUCUUAUGGAAGCAGCUAAAUUUGCAAGGAGUUGGAUACCUUACUGUAGGGAAAAUAAGAUCGAGCAGAGGUGUCCAGAAGAGUACUUUCGGAAAAAUCAUACUAUAACUUCUCAAUUUCAGAUUAUUCAGAAUUUGUACGAGGACAUGAAGAUGAGUAUAGAAGAAGUUGUUGGGAGAGGUGAUGAGUAUCUUAAAGAGUAUAUUACCGAUCCACAGAAACAUGAAGCUUUUAGCAAAUGGACCAAGGGAUUCACUCCCAAAGAGCAUUCGGCUAUAAUCCAGGUAUUAUUGGAAAGAGACAAAGAUAAAGACGUCAAAGGUUUCUCAAUUCCAAAUCUCAUUUACGUGUCCCGGGAGAAAAGCACCACCUCACCUCAUCACUUCAAGGCUGGGGCACUUAAUGCUUUGCUCAGAGUCUCAAAAGUGAUGACAAAUGCACCAUUAAUACUGACCCUUGAUUGUGACAUGUACUCAAAUGAUCCCCAAACACCUCAGCGUGUCCUUUGUUACUUUUGCGAUCCAUCAAUUAGGUGUAAAUUAGGAUAUGUUCAGUUCCCUCAACGUUAUCAUGGGCUCAACGAGGACGAUAUGUAUGGGGGUGACAAUGUACGUACAUUUCGAGUUUCACCUUCGGGCUUGGAUGGUCUUGGUGGCCCGGAUAACUGUGGAACUGGCUGCUUUUUCAACCGCCAGGCUCUUUUUGAUAGCCCAUUAUCAUCACUUGGACACUCUGAACAUAGCCAGAUCCACAAUAUGACUAUCUCCUCUGUGUCAAUCGUAGAGCUGGCUUGUCAUGUUGCUAGCAGCAAUUACGAGCACAACACCGGUUGGGGCACCAAGAUGGGGAUCAAGUAUGGAACACUUGUAGAAGACAUAUACACAGGUUAUAUGAUGCACUGUGAUGGCUGGAAUUCCAUAUUUUGCAAUCCUGAAAGACCUGCAUUUUUAGGUGAAGUACCAAUAAAUCUAGAGGAUGCACUAAACCAGGUUAAAAGAUGGUCUUUUGGGCACCUUGAAGUGUUAUCCUGUGAAUACAGCCCAUUAACAUUUGGAACCAAAGCUCUGGGACUUUUAAGGGCUAAUUGCUACAUACACUAUGUUUUGUGGCCAAUUUGGUGCAUACCAGUCACUCUGUAUGCCUGCGUUCCACAACUUAGUCUCCUCAACAAUAUCUCCAUCUUUCCCAAGGUUUUUGAUCCAUGGUUCUUCUUGUAUGUCUUCCUUUUCUUUGGAGCCUAUGCACAUGAUUUUGUACAGUUUAUAUUGUUCAAAGGAACUGCAAAAAGGUGGUGGAACGACCAAAGAAUGUGGUACGUGAAGGCACUGUCACCAUAUCUGUUCGCCUCAAUUGAGUACCUAAUGAAAAAAUUAGGCAUCACCUCAAAAGGAUUCAACAUUACGAGCAAAGUAGCAGGGCUAGAUGAAAGAAAACUAUAUGACCAAAGUGUCUUCUCGUUUGCGAAUCCUUCACCUAUGUUUGUGCCAUUAGCAACAGUAUCAAUCAUCAAUUUGAUAGCAUUUCUAAGAGGAAUUAUGACUAUAAUCUUUAAGAUGGAAAGCUUAGACGAGUUCUUCAUCCAAGUAUUCAUUGCCGGAUUUGCAGUUGUCAAUUGCUUGCCUAUUUAUGAAGCAAUGCUACUUAGAUCUGAUCAUGGUAGGAUGCCUAAGAGGAUAGUCACUACUUCCGUUCUUCUUUCUGGGGUGCUAUGCAUAGCGUUUUCUUUAACUGUAAGCUAAAAUUCCUUUGGCAAAAUAUUUUAUCUGUAAAAAUAAUGACAACAAAUUUAUUUUUACAGCAGCAUUUUGUUUUCUAAUCAAAAAUUCACCAUGUUGGUGGGAGGUUGAUGCAAUA